UUUCUCUUUUACUUCAUUCCUUCUCUUAAAACCCUAAGCACACUUUCUUCUCCAAACGGCUGCCUCAGCUCUGCUCUGACACUCCUGCGAUUCCCACCGGAAAAAUGGCACCAAAGAAGGAAAAGGCUCCUCCUCCGUCCUCGAAGCCAGCCAAAUAUGGGGGAGGGAAGCAGAAGAAGAAGAAAUGGAGCAAGGGAAAACAAAAGGAGAAGGUGAACAACAUGAUUUUGUUUGACAAGGCAACCUAUGACAGACUUCUUACAGAAGUUCCGAAGUACAAGCUUAUCACCCCGUCCGUCUUGUCGGACAGAUUGAGGGUUAGUGGAUCAUUGGCCCGCCGCGCAAUUAAGGAUCUGAUGUCAAGAGGUUCAAUUAGGCUGGUAUCUGCUCAUGCAAGCCAGCUGAUCUAUACCAGAGCCACCAAUACUUGAAGAUUAAGAGUUUUUGUUUCUUUCGUUGAGGGAGAGCUAAUUACCAUUCUUCCAAGAUAGUGGAACUAGGUCCUUUAUUAUAUUGUGCUAGCUAUAUUUUGCUUCUUUUGUACCCCUAUGGUCACGGUUUUUCUUUAUGAUUAAAAUCUUUAUUGGACCGUUAUUCAGAUUAAUUUUUUUAAAAACAAUUUUUGAAGGGUUUGCUCUACCACAUAGGUGGUGGUCUGGUAAUCUUUGAUGAUUUGAAUAUCAAUUCCAAUUUUGUGUCA